AAGGGCAGUAAAAUAGACGGGAGAAGAAAACCCUAGAAGCUGCUACGGCCUACGAGGCAGUAUAUCCGUUACAGUAUUCUCAAGCACCUGUGAAUAAGCACUACAUUCAUACAGACAUAUCACACAAAUACACACACACAGGACUACAGGAGAGAUUACAAAUGGCGGCACAAUCACAAAAAUCAAACGAGACAAACUCGGAUGUUAUAGGAAACGUAGUAGAAGCCAUUGCUACGGAUUCAAUCGGCGAUGCUCCUCUCUAUCAGGUCGAGAGCCUCUGUAUGCGUUGCCAACAGAAUGGGAUGACGAGGUUUUUGUUGACUUCAAUUCCAAACUUCAGAAAGAUAUUAUUGUCAGCUUUUGAGUGUACACAUUGCGGUGAGAGGAACAAUGAAGUACAAUUUGCUGGUGAGAUACAAUCUCGAGGGUGUAACUAUUGCCUGAAAAUACAACCAGGUGACCGAAAGAUCCUCAAUCGACAAGUGGUGAAGUCUGAAAGUGCCACAAUUAAGAUUCCUGAACUAGAUUUUGAGAUUCCACCGGAAGCUCAGCGAGGCUCUUUAUCUACGGUGGAAGGGAUAUUAGUACGUGCUGGGGAUGAGUUGCAGGCUCUUCAGGAAGAACGAAAGAAAAUUGAUCCCCACAUGGCUGAAGCAAUAGACAGUUUCUUGUUGAAGUUGAGAGCUUGUGCUUCAGGAGAUUCACCCUUUACUUUUGUUUUAGAUGAUCCUGCCGGCAAUAGCUACAUUGAGAAUCCGUUUGCUCCUUCUCUAGACCCAUCACUGGCUAUUAAGUUCUAUGAGCGAACUCCUGAACAGCAGGCAUUACUGGGUUACCUUGCGAACCCAUCACAAUCGGAAGAACAUGGUGGCGAAGCACCUGCUGAAGGAACGAAUGAUGGUGUUGCUCAUGUAAUUAGAGAACCGCAUGGAUCAGUUGGGGCAAGAGCUGGUCGUCGAGCCAUUGCUCAGGGUGCUGGUACAGAGAUCUCUGAUGCUUUGUUUCGAUACUCUGCCCCAGAAGAGGUGAUGACAUUUCCCUCAACAUGUGGAACCUGUUCUGUCAGCUGUGAAACCCGGAUGUUUGUAAUCAAAAUCCCGUACUUUCAAGAAGUAAUUGUCAUGGCAUCUACUUGUGAUGCUUGUGGUUACCGAAAUUCUGAGUUGAAGGCUGGUGGCGCUAUUCCUUCAAAAGGGAAAAAAGUUAUAGUUUCUGUGAAAAAUAUCAAAGAUCUAAGCCGUGAUGUAAUUAAGUCGGACACUGCAAGCGUGAUGAUUCCAGAAGUCGAGUUGGAGCUGGCUAGCGGGACAUUAGGAGGUUUAGUGACUACCGUGGAAGGUUUGAUAACAAAGAUUAGUGAAAGUCUAGAAAGAGUGCAUGGGUAUAGUUUCGGAGAUAGUCUCGACGAUAAUAGAAAAAACAAAUGGCAGGAUUUUGGUGCAAAGCUUAUGAAGCUCUUAAGUGUUGAAGAACCAUGGACACUAAUUUUAGAUGAUGCACUGGCAAAUUCUUUUGUGGCCCCAGUGACCGACAACAUUAGCGAAGACCAUCAAUUAACUUUUGAGGACUAUGAGAGAUCAUGGGAGCAGAACGAGGAAUUGGGUCUGAAUGAUAUGGACACUUCUUCAGCAGAUGCUGCCUACAAUGAUGCUCCAAUGGAAAGAAUAGACUGACUGUAUCUUCAAUUUGUUUUUUUACUAUGACUCUCUAGCUCGUUGAAGGAGAUGAAAUUAUCCCGCUGUUUGUCGUUUGAUCAUUGCCUGGAGAUACUUCUUGCUGUAUCUGUAUCAUGUUGCGUCAUGAAACAUGUAAUGUAAUUGUUGUGCAAUUUAUUUAUUGGUCAGUUUAAGGUAUUAGGCGCAAUAUCUAUUUAUCGUAAGUUUUUGAUGUCAUAAGAAUAAAAUUUUAUUAUAUAUUUUUUUAUAAAAAUAUAUUAUAUGUA